AUGGACCCUAACUGCUCCUGCUCCACUGGUGGAUCCUGCACCUGCGCCGGCUCGUGCAAAUGCAAAGACUGCAGAUGCGGCUCCUGCAAGGAGAGCUGCUCCUGCGGCCCCGUGGGCUGUGCCAAGUGCACACAAGGCUGCGUCUGCAAAGGAGCAGGAGACCAGUGCAGCUGCUGUGCCUCAUACAAACACUUCGACCGCUGA